AUGGCUUCGCCUGAGGCUGCUUGCUACACCGUCGUCCAAGACUCGACUGUCGAGUAUCCCUCCGCGUCCGAGUUGCGCCAGGCCUUGGAGAAGGGCUCUGACGACGUCAAGAUUGAAACGUUACGCAAAAUCAUCACCUCCACGAUAAACGGAAAUGCCCAACCCACCCUCAUGAUGCCCAUUAUUCAAUACGUGCUACCUUCACGAAACAAGCAACUCAAGAAGCUAUUGCAUUUUUACUGGGAGGUGUGCCCGAAGUACGACGACAAUGGGAAGCUCAAACAGGAGAUGAUUCUCGUGGUAAAUGCCAUCCGAAAUGACCUGCAACAUCCUAACGAGUGGAUACGCGGUGCUACUCUCCGAUUUCUCCAAAAGAUUGCCAAAGACGCCGAACUGCUUGAACCUCUCGUCCCAACUUGCCGCUCUUGCCUCGAGCAUCGCCAUGGCUAUGUCCGCAAGAAUGCUGUCUUUGCCGUCUAUGCUAUCUAUCGCGAAUUCGAGCAUCUAAUCCCUGACGCGCCAGAACUCAUGUCCACUUUUUUGGCUGCCGAGUCAGAUGCGUCGUGCAAACGGAAUGCCUUCGUUUUCCUUGCCCACUGCUCCAUGCCAAAAGCUGUGCAGUACAUUAUGAGCAUCUACGAGACAAUACCCUCUUUAGAAGAGGCUUUGCAGAUGAGCAUUAUAGAAGUUAUCCGAUUAGACUGCAAAGCGGACCCGUCACAUCGGCCUCGUUACAUUCGUUGCAUAUUCGAAUUGCUCAAUGUCAACUCCAAUGCUGUCAAAUACGAAGCUGCCACGACGUUGACCACGCUGACCCAAAACGCCACCGCCGUUAAAGCUGCUGCCUCUUGUCUCAUCAAUCUCGUCAUUAGAGAAUCCGAUAAUAAUGUCAAAAUAAUCGUCUUGGAUCGACUUGAAACUCUGCGGACGCGACAGGGUCAUAUUAUCGACGGCCUCAUCAUGGAUGUGCUUCAAAUUCUUUCCAGUGCCGACAUUGAUGUUCGUCGCAAGGCCAUGAGCAUUAUUCUGAGUAUGACCACAAGUCGGAAUGUGGAGGAUGUUGUACUGUUCCUCAAGAAGCAGCUACAGAAGACCCAAGAGUCCGAGUUCGAGAAGGCACCAGAAUACAGACAAUUGCUGAUCCAGUCGAUCCACAUUACUGCUAUCAAGUUUUCCGAAGUUGCGGCCAAUGUUGUUCAUGCGCUUAUGGACUUCCUUGGCGACUCCAAUAAUCCUUCUGCGCUGGAUGUUGUCGCCUUUGUUCGGGAGGUGGUCGAGAAGUUCCCCCACUUGCGAUCCGCUGUCACCACAAGGCUCACCGACAAAUUGCAUGACAUCAAGUCCGGGAAAGUCUUUCGUGGAGUCUUGUGGAUUCUGGGAGAGUACAUCGAAACGGUUCCCGAUAUUCAAUCCUUCAUGCAAGAAACGCGCAAAGUUUUGGGAGAGAUUCCGAUUUUGGCAUCGGAACAGAAACUGCUAGACGAUGCUGGUGCUGGCGAGGAGGAGGAAGAGGCCAGCAGUCCAAAAGUGGAAACAAGUAGCAAGCCAAAGGUCCUUGCAGAUGGAACAUAUGCAUCGGAGACCGCGUACUCAGUGACCAAGCUUGAAGCUGUCCGUGCUGCUCCUGUCAACCAUGCGGGUAUCUAUUUACGUGGCACAGCACUACUGCUGGGCGGCGACUUCUUCACUGGUGCUGUUUUAUCUGCGGCUCUCACCAAGCUUGUUCUACGAUUUGACCAGCACGCAAACGAUCAGUCGGCCAGCAAUGCCCUCCGCGCCGAGUGCAUGCUGAUCAUGACCUCCAUCAUCCGCGUUGGGCAAUCCAAAUUCGUCACUGUUCACAUCGACGAAGAUUCGAGCGAGAGGAUUAUGAACUGCAUCAAAACUCUUAGCGAGCUAGAGGCCGAGCCUGCUGUUCAAGAAAUAUUCUUGCAGGACACCAAGACUGCGUUUUCGCGGAUGCUUGGUGCUCAAGAGAAACGAGCUGCAGAGAAGAAGGAGUCUGAGUCGUCCAAGGCUACUGUGGUGCAGGUAGACGACCUGUUGAGCUUCCGACAGUUCACCAAGAAAGCUGUGGAUGAGGCGAUUGAUGUAAGUGUUGAUUGUGUUCUCGAUGUGGGACGGGCAACCGCUGGCGAGGCUCACGAAGAUUUCAUGUCCAACCUCAGUCGGAUAUCUCAACUCACUGGUUUCUCUGACCCGAUAUAUGCAGAGGCCUACGUCAAAAUGCAUGGCUUUGACAUCAUGCUUGAUGUUCUGCUAGUCAACCAAACCCCGAACACGAUGCAGAAUCUCUGUCUCGAUUUUGCUACCUUGGGUGAUCUCAAGAUUGUGGAAAGGCCGUCGGUGUACACGCUAGGGCCACACGGUUUCCAAAGCAUCAAAGCGACGAUCAAGGUCUCGUCAACGGAGACGGGUGUCAUUUUUGGGUCGAUUCUCUGGGAGGGCGCCAACAUGUCGGAGGCCUGUGUGAUCCUGAACGACAUUCAUAUCGACAUCAUGGACUACAUCAAGCCCGCGUACUGCAACGAAGCACAGUUCCGGAGCAUGUGGACUGAGUUCGAGUGGGAGAACCGCGUCAACGUCGACAACCCGAUGUCAGAUCCGCGAGAAUACCUCAAACACGUUAUGAAAGCAACCAACAUGUCGUGUUUGACGCCGGAAGGUGCUACCUCUGGCGACUGUGACUUUUUGUCUGCAAACAUGUACGCGCGGAGUCUGUUUGGGGAAGAUGCAUUGGCGAAUUUGAGCAUCGAGCGGACACCCGCAGGUACAAUUACGGGUCACGUGCGGAUUCGGAGCAAGACGCAAGGUAUAGCGCUUUCGCUGGGCGAUAAGAUAACGAUGGCACAAAAGAACAACUCCCCGUUGUCAGUAUGA